AUGAAGUUCCAAUUUGCAUUAUUGUUAUGUGUAUAUGUUAGUGUUAUUCUUUUCUUUUCCAAACACACCUUAUGCAUUACCAUUGAAGAAGGCUUCAAAGAAGCACCAAAAUUCUACAAUUCCCCAACAUGCAAAACCAUUGUAUUCUUCCAUAGCAAUCAACAAUGCUCAAUCGAAGCCGUACACGUGGCAAUGACGCUGGACGUGUCAUACAUCCGCGGCUCCAUGGCAGCAAUCCUCUCCGUACUCCAACACUCUUCAUGUCCAGAAAACAUUGUCUUCCAUUUCAUUGCCUCAUCUUCAGAACCUUCCUCAAAAACCGUUCUAAACAGAAUCAUAACUAACUCAUUCCCGUAUUUAAAAUACCAAAUCUACCCUUUCAACGACGAGCCCGUCGCCGGAUUGAUCUCAACCUCCAUCCGCUCCGCCCUCGACUGUCCCCUCAACUAUGCUCGCACCUACCUCGCUGACAUCCUCCCGGUCUGUAUAAACAGAGUCGUUUAUCUCGACUCCGACUUAAUCCUCGUCGACGACAUUGCAAAACUCGCUUCCACUCCUCUUCGUUCAAACACCGUCAUCGCCGCACCGGAGUAUUGCAAUGCAAAUUUCAGUAUAUAUUUCACUCCUUCUUUCUGGUCGAAUCCUUCUCUUUCACUCACAUUCGCGAACCGUGAGGCGUGUUACUUCAAUACCGGUGUUAUGGUUAUUGAUCUUCAGCGGUGGCGCUCCGGUGAGUAUACGACCAUGAUCCGGGAGUGGAUGGAGUUGCAGAAGAGAAUGCGGAUCUAUGAGCUGGGAUCGUUGCCGCCGUUUUUGUUGGUUUUUGCGGGGAGGAUUACGCCGGUAGAUCAUCGGUGGAACCAGCACGGGCUUGGUGGUGAUAACUUUCGUGGGCUUUGUCGGGACCUGCACCCGGGCCCGGUGAGUUUGUUGCAUUGGAGUGGAAAGGGAAAACCGUGGGCCAGGCUUGAUGCUAAUAGGCCUUGUCCUUUGGAUGCUUUGUGGGCUCCAUAUGAUUUGCUCAAAACUCGUUUUGCUCUUGAGUCAUAG